CAGGUCACACAGCAGGAACUCCCAGAAGUCUGUGAGCAGCACUCAAGAGGAGGCGGAUCAAGGUCCGAGGAACACUCUUUCUUGUAUCCUCUUCAUUCUCUUCAGGAAGAAGUGUUGAGGUAAAACAUCAGAGCGCUUCUCUCCUGCAGAGCUCAGAAGAAGCUGAUCAGUGAAUCCUCAGCAGGUCGGAGGGGCGCGGUGAGUGAGAGAGUCUGCAGCUGCACCAUGUUAACUAAGAUUGGGUCCUGCUCCCGGACUCUGAGGAGCCACUGUGGUGGUGGUCUUCCUGGAGCCCUGAAAGUCCUGCAGAGAUCAUGGACACGGAGAACUGGAUUACCUGCAGCGAGUCGCGGCAUUCACGUGGACUCCCCGCCCAACAUCCCCACCCUCACCACCAGCUACGCCCACGGCACCUCUUCCUCGCCCCUGGUCCACUACACGAUAGCAGAGGCCCUGCAGAGGACCGUGGACCGAGUGCCCGACAGAGAGGCCGUGGUUUUUGUCCAAGACGGAGUCCGCAAGACGUUUGCAGAGUUUCAACUGGAUGUGGACAAAGCAGCGGCUGGGCUGCUGGCUCUGGGACUGACAAAAGGAGACCGUCUUGGAAUGUGGGGACCCAACACUUAUGAAUGGGUCCUGCUCCAGUUUGCUACAGCCAAAGCUGGAAUAAUAAUGGUGGCGGUGAACCCGGCGUACCAGCCGAAGGAGGUGGAGUUUGCCUUGAGGAAGUCCGGCUGCAAAGCUGUCGUGUGUCCUGCUCAGUUUAAAACUCAGAAGUACUGCGACAUGCUGAGAAAGAUCUGUCCAGAGAUCGAGACGUCCACACCGGGAGACAUCAGGAGCCCGAGACUCCCAGAGCUCCGCGCUGUGAUUGUUCUGGACAGCCGACAGCCAGGAAUGCUUCAUUUUGAGGACGUGAUGCAGGCGGGGAGCAGCCAGUACGUCCAGCAGCUUCAUGAUCUGCAGAAGAAGAUCUCCUUCGACGACCCCAUAAACAUCUUGUUCACUUCGGGCACAACAGGAGCACCAAAGGGAGCCACUCUGUCUCAUCACAACAUGGUCAACAACGCCUUCUACACCGGCCUCAGAGUGGGAUACUCCUGGAGGCCUAACACCCGGAUCUGUCUGCCGGUGCCUCUGUACCACUGCUUCGGCUCUGUGGGAGGCGGGUUGUGCAUGGCCCUGCACGGCAUCUCCGUGGUCUUUCCCUCUGCAGGCUACGACGGGAAGGCAAACCUGGCAGCUAUUGAGAGUGAGAGGUGCACCUUCAUCUACGGAACCCCGACCAUGUAUGUGGACAUGCUGAGCCAGCCGGACUUUGCUAAAUAUGAUCUGUCAUCCAUCGAGGCCGGCAUCAUGGCUGGGUCUCCUUGUCCUCCUGAACUUAUUCGGAAGAUCAUCGCUGUGGGCAUCAAGGAAAUAACCAUUGGAUAUGGAACCACGGAGAACAGUCCUGUGACGUUCUGCGGCUCCACGACGGACAACCUGGAGAGGAAGGCUGAGACCUGCGGGUACAUCAUGGACCACUUAGAGGCUAAAAUAGUGAACCCUACCACAGGGGAGAUUGUUCCUCUGGGGAUGAUCGGGGAGAUCAUGAUCCGGGGAUACUGUGUGAUGUUGGAGUACUGGGCUGAUAAAGAAAAAACAAAGGAGUGCAUCACCCCAGAGGGCUGGUACAAAACCGGAGACAUCGGCAGCAUGGACGCGUACAGCUACCUCAAGAUCGAAGGCCGGAUCAAAGACAUGAUCAUCAGAGGAGGAGAGAACGUUUACCCGGCUGAGAUCGAACAGUUCCUGCACACGCAUCCCAAAGUCAAGGAGGCGCAGGUGGUUGGCGUUCAGGACGAGCGUAUGGGCGAGGAGAUCUGUGCCUGCAUCAAAGUGGUGGACGGAGAAGAGUGCACCGCAGAAGAAAUCAUAGCUUUCUGCAAGGGACAGAUGGCUCACUUCAAGGUUCCUCGCUACGUGCUCUUCGUGGACUCCUACCCGCUCACCGUGACUGGAAAGAUCCAGAAGAACAUACUGCGCGACAUCUCUGAGGAGAAGCUGGGACUGGUGAAGGGAAAAUAAGAGGAGUGUAAAUAACUGUACAUCAUGUAUCAUGACCACACCCCACCGUCAGAGCGUCUUUAAACGCCUCAUGAAAAUGUAGAAAGUUCAGUGCCUCCGUCUGCAGCUACACGCUGAACCAAAUGAAUGAGUGUCUGUGAAUCUGUGAGCAGCUGGACAAACAGGAAGUAAACUCAUCAUGUGUUUUUAUUAUCAUCAACAAAUCCCAUGAAAUGACCAAAAUCAACCACGAACUGAACACACACACACACACACACACACACACACACACACACCGUACUGUCAGGGGGGAUUUGUUUAGUGAGUGUAUUAAUCCACUGAAGAAAGUAGUCCCCCUCUAAAGCACUUUUCACUCCUUAUUGGAUAAUGUUUGAUUACAUCACUACUCUUGAUUUUAACUUUGAAUUUGUUGGUGUUUAUAAAGAUUUUCAUCUUCACUAGAACACUUAGUAUGAAAGGAUUAUGGCCGGUGAUGUUUUUCUUCUUUAUGGGUUUGACCUUUAUUCUGAAAUUCUGACUUUAAACUUUUAAAAUUUAGAUUCUUUUUUUUCUCAAUUUAUUUUCUUCUAUCUUGGAAUUCUGCAAAAAGGUCAAAAGUGUGAGAUCAAAGUCCAAUUUUCAAAUUAUGGUCAGAAUUCCGACUUUGAUCUCAGAAUUCCAGAAUUAAACUCAGAACUCCGACUUAACAUUCCGAGGGGGAAAAAACAGAAAUUCGACUUAAAUCUUGCAGAAUUCAGAUUUUUAUUUUAGAAUUCUGGAUGAAAAAAAAAAAGAAAACUGACUUUAAUCUCUGAUUUCUUGGAGAACGUAAAAACUUUGUAACUUAAAGCUGCUGUGAGGAACUUUUGAUUUAUAUCAAUUUUGGCGCCCCCUUGUGGACAAAGUGAUACCUCUUAUAUCUUGUUCUAUACAUGCAAAAGUAGUGUUUACAACAAAAUCUCACCUUGCUGUCUUUUAACAGCCAGAUUUAACACUCAAUGUGAUUAUUUGCCAUGAAAACAGCCGAAAAAGGAUGUUUCUAAAGCCAAAUGUCAACCAUGUGGUCUGACACCUACCCCCUCUGAGUGGUUUAAGGCAUUAAAAAUGACAACAGAGAAAGUAUCAGUGUUGUUGUUCAUGGUUUUGUAUGCUUUUGAAGGUCAUAAAGAGGCAUUAGUGUUGGUUUCAGUCUGUUUCUCAGCUGGUUAAAAACUCCUCAUAGUGCCUUUAAAUUAGGAUUUUGAGAUUAAACUCAGAACUCUUUGAAAUAAGUCAGAACUCUGAGGAAAGGUAAAAAGUUCUGACAUAAAAAUCUGAAUUCUGAGGGGAAACAAAUCUGAAUCUAAUCUGAGAAUUCUGGGGAAAUAAAUCAGAAAUUUGACUUUUAAUCUCACAGAAUUCUGAGAUUAAACUCAGAGUUCUCGGGAUAAAAAUCAGGUCGCCUCAAUUUUUAUCUUCAGUGAAUUUAUUCAAAACAAAAAAGUGUCACUGAAUAUGUUUCCCUUGAAGUCUGACGUGUUCCAUCACAGAAUUCUGAAUUUUUAAAAGAAGUCACUCUUCAGUAUUUCUCAUGGUUCUGACUUUAAUCUGAGAUUACAGUCUGAACUCUGAUAAAAGAUCAGACUUUAAAGAAAGUCUCUCACUGGCCCUCCUCCUCUUCUUUAGCUUUGGGACAUAAUGUUAGGAUUUAUUUUGCAGGGGUCACAUAAAACAUAAAAAUGGGAUUUGUUUACGAUAAAAAAAAUGUAAGUGACAGCAUCAUCCUCUGACAGUCUGCUGUGUGAUAUUCAAACCAAACAGAGAGAAUAAUCCAAACCUGUAAAGCAGCUGAGUCGCUCCGCUCAGUGAAAGUCUUUAAAUCUCUGCAGGACGUUUUUGUAGCUGUUAAACUUUUCAUGUAUUCUUUUGUAUUCAGCAGAAAGCUCUCUGUCUUUUUUUACAUCCACUUGAAAUAAACUUUGUACCUCAUUAUUAAA